UGUGGGGAGAGCCCAGCGUGGCUAGGAACCGGCUUGUCCCUGUCCCCUCGCUAUGCUGCGCUCACGCACGGGAGACCCGCCUGUGAGCUGCCGACCCGGAAAAGCCCCACGUUCCGUCUUCCCAAAGGGCAAUGUGCCACUUUCCUGCCCUCCCUCUACGGGCCUUGCACUUCUAGGGGCCGAUCUGCCCGACAUCCAAAUCCCAGCCCACCGGGCUCCCACCUUAAGCAGUUUAGAGCGCCUCACUUGACGCCUGCCACGGGGCGUGGGAUUGCGUAACCAGAAAGCUCGCGUGUGUGUUGUUUUGCUCAUCUGUGCAGUGGGUAUGAUUUUUUUUCGACACCAAGUUCUAGGUUCUGGUUUUCACCAUGGCCAUCACUCAGUUUCGGUUAUUUAAAGUUUGUACCUGCCUAGCAACAGUGUUGUCGUUCCUAAAGAGAUUAAUAUGCAGAUCUGGCAGAGGAAGGAAAUUAAGUGGAGACCAAAUAACUUUGCCCACUACAGUUGAUUAUUCGUCUGUCCCUAAGCAGACAGACGUGGAGGAGUGGACUUCCUGGGAUGAAGAUGCACCCACAAGUGUGAAGAUUGAAGGAGGGAAUGGGAAUGUAGCAGCGCAGCAGAACUCUUUGGAACAACUGGAACCUGACUAUUUCAAAGACAUGACACCAACUAUACGGAAAACUCAGAAAAUUGUCAUUAAGAAGAGAGAACCAUUGAAUUUUGGUGUCCCAGAUGGUAGCACAGGUUUUUCCAGUAGAUUGGCAGCUACACAAGAUAUGCCUUUUAUUCAUCAAUCUUCAGAAUUAGGUGACUUAGAUACAUGGCAAGAAAAUAGCAAUGCAUGGGAAGAGGAAGAAGAUGCAGCCUGGCAAGCAGAAGAAGUUCUGAGGCAGCAGAAAAUUGCAGACAGAGAGAAGAGAGCAGCAGAACAACAAAGGAAGAAACUGGAGAAGGAAGCACAACGUCUGAUGAAGAAGGAACAAAACAAAAUCGGUGUGAAGCUUUCCUAACACACGCCUCGUCGUGCCCCGGGCCAGCAGGAGAAGUCGGGCCACAGCCUACACACGAGCAUUCCUAUGGACGGGACAGUAUUUUCAGAAUACAAACACUCUGCUUGAUCUCAAUGUGUUUAUUGAGCUAUCCAGGACACCAGGAUUCUCCCAUAAUACCUUGAACUAUUAGUAAUCAAGACUCAAAACAUAAAAUUAAUGAGACAAUUAUUUUCUUCAAAGUGUUCCAAAUAUAAGACAAUUGUUUGCUGUAGAGAAGUUAUUUCACGAGGAAUAUACCUGACGAGUACCUCUCAAGCUAGUUUUUCUAGCUGAAUAAAUGGGUGUAAAUAAUUUUAUGGUGGAAAAGUACUCUGCUAUCUAUUAUGCUUUUGUUCAUUGUGCAUAAUUAUAAAAUAAUUUUAAUAAUCUUUGUUUCCAUGAUCACUUGAUGUAAAUUAGAUAAACUGUAGGUAGGGCUUUAUACCCUUCUUAAUUUUGUUUUCAGGUACUGUUGACAUACAUUUUCUAUAAUUUGAACUGGCAUUGUUUGGUACAACAUUAAGGAAUAUUAUGAUUUGGGUUUUUAAGAAAAUAACAUUAAAUGCAAUAAUUUUAUUUAUCAAAUACUUUGUAUAUCCUUAUUUUCCUUUGAACAGUAUUAUAAUGUUAUACAGAGCUGUAAUUUAUAUAUUGCAUGUAUAAAUGUUGAAAAUCAGCUGCAAUGACAACUUCGUGUGACAAGAACUAGGAUUAGUAGCUUUUCCCUUUCAUUACAGAUGUCAAGAUGUUAACAGUGUUCAUCCUUAAAAGCCAUUUUCAAAUGCAGAAAGCCUUCAGUUUUAAUGGAUUUUUUAAGUGAUUCUUUAAAAUUUCUCUGUUUUGUUUUUGUUUUGUUUUUAAUCUUACAUAAUAUAAUGCAGGGUACCCAUUCUUUCAGCUAGAUAACAUUACUGAUUGAUUACAAACCAAGAUAUACAUAUUUUUGUUUGUGAUAUUGGUUGAUUUGUUUAAAGAAAUAAUUGCAUAUUGUAUUUUAUGGGGAAAACAACAUCUCACAGUUUAAAAUACAUUAAAUUUUUUCCACCAUUGAAAUAUAA